AAUGAAACGACAGCUUAUGAGCCGUGCUCAAAGCAAGCAGGCGGCCGGAGAACCAAACACACAUACACAUACACACACACGCACACACACACACACGCACACACAAAGGACCGGGGAUGGCGGGGAAACUACUGCGCCUCGUCGUGCUUCUCGUGCCGGGGCUUUUAUCCACACACCUAUGGACCGUGCGGGCGAACCGAGGCGGAGGCGGCGGUGGUGCGUCCCUGGAAGAGGACGGAAGGGACCGGGAGGGCGACGCGGAAACCCCUUGCGAAGUUAAAACCGUCACGGUGUCUACCCUGCCUGUACUACGGGAGAACGAGUUCAGCUUCACCGGCGGCGGUGGUGGUGGUUCGGGGAGCAUGGUCGGAGGAGGAGGAGGAGGAGGAGGUGGUGGUGGUACUGGAGCAGGUGGCGGAGGAGGAGGGGAAUCCCGUCUGUUAUUAUUCGUUAGAACAGACCUACCCGGACGAAUUUCCGUCAUGGAUGAUCUUGACAACACGGCUCUUCCUUACUUCACACUCGAGAUGUCGGGCACGGGACCAGACAUCUCCCAGGUCCACUGGAAGCAGCAGUGGCUGGAGAACGGCACGCUGUUCUUCCACGUGUCGGCGACGGGCGGCCCGGAGGCGCCGCUGCAGACCACGCAGCCCUCGGACCGCCAGCCCGCCCACGCCCUGCACGAGCACAUGCACCUGCUGCACAUCUCUGUCAUGGGGGGACUCAUCGCCUUCCUCCUCCUCAUCCUCCUCUUCACCCUGGUGCUCUACACCCGCCACCGCUGGUGCAAGCGCCGCCGCGUGCCCCAGAAGAGCGCCAGCACCGAGGCCACGCACGAGAUCCACUACAUCCCCUCGGUGCUGCUGGGGCCCCAGGGCCGCGACAGCUACCGCGGGGGCUCCUCGGCCCGGGGCCAGCACCAGCACGGCAACUCGGUCAUCGGCGUGCCCAUCCGCGAGACGCCCAUCCUGGACGACUACGACUGCGACGAGGACGACCUGGUGGGGCUCUCGCACAACUCCACCCCCAACCAGCUGCACCACCAGCACCUGAACCUGUGCGACGGCAAGGCGGGGGGGCUUCAGGAGGACUACCGCGAGGCGCACGGCCAGGAGGUGCACUUUAACGGAGUGCACUCGGACACCAUGCGCAAGGAGGACGGCCUCAACAUGAGCUUCGCCGACAAAAGAGUGGUGGACCCGAAGCACGACUCAGUGGAGGACCUGAUGCAGAGGUUCAAGGAGAGUUUCCGCACCCCCAACACCACCAUGGACAUGACCCACUUCCAGCAAACCACACACAGCUCCUCCACGGGCAGAAAGAGGGGCCCCAGCCACACCAGAGUGACGGGGCCGGUGUUCGGACACCAGGUGGACUCGUGUUCGGAGCCCGAGGACGACAACCAGAUGAAGUUCUACACAGAGCAGCACCGGGGUCAGAGACGCAUCAAAGGUCACCCACCCAGUCCUCUGAACAAGGUCAACCUGACGUUGAUCACCAUAAUCACCUGCGUGGUCGCAGCCGUCUUCGCCACGCAGAACCCGUGCACGCUGUCCGUCAAGGUCACCCUGCACGUGCCUGAGCACUUUGUAGCAGACGGAAGUAGUUUUGUGGUGAGCAUGGGCAGCUUCCUGGAUGUUUCAAAUUGGCUGAACCCUGCCCAGCUGACCCUCUACUACCAGACUAACUCGUCCACCCAGUGGGUGAGAGACUACUGCGGCCAGCGCACGACUGAGCCCUGUGAACAGCUGUGUGACCAGGAGACAGGAGAGUGUAGCUGUCACGAAGGCUAUUCCCCUGAUCCAGACCAUAAUCAUCUCUGUCUCCGUAGUGACUGGGGGCGCAACGAAGGGCCGUGGCCGUACACUAACCUGGAGAAAGGCUAUGACCUAGUUACAGGAGAACAGGCCCCAGAGAAGAUAUUCAGGUCCUCCUACAGCCUGGGCCAGGGACUCUGGCUGCCUGUCAGUAAGAGCUUCGUGGUACCGCCGGUGGAGCUGUCAAUCAACCCAAUAGCCAGCUGCAAGACGGACGUGCUCGUUACAGAGGACCCGGGAGAUGUCCGGGACGAGGCUUUGCUGUCCACCUACUUCGAGACGGUGGACGACCUGCUCGAGUCGUUUGGCCCCGUGCGUGACUGCUCCAAGGACAACGGCGGCUGCAAGAAGAACUUCAAGUGUGUGUCCGACCGCAGGCUGGAGUCGUCCGGCUGCAUGUGUCCCGAGGGGUUGAGGCCGAUGAAGGAUGGCUCGGGUUGCUAUGACUACUCGCGGGGCACCGACUGCACCGACGGCUUCAACGGGGGCUGUGAACAGCUGUGUCUCCAGCAGCUGGUGCCACUGGCGGAGGACCCCAGCUCCAGCAACGUGCUCAUGUUCUGCGGGUGUGUGCAGGAGUACAAGCUGGCGACAGACGGCCGCUCCUGCCUCCUGCAGUCUGACAACUGUGAGGGCUCCAAGUGUGUGAGACAGGACGUCCGCUUCAACGACACGCUGUUUGGCGAGAUGCUGCACGGCUACAACAACAAGAGCCAGGAAGUCAACUUGGGCCAGAUAUUCCAAAUGACCUUCAGGGACAACAACUUCAUCAAAGACUUCCCCCAGCUCGCCGACGGCCUCAUGGUCAUUCCUCUACCAGUGGAGGAGCAGUGUAGGGGCGUCCUGUCCGAGCCUCUGCCCAACUUACAGCUGCUCACAGGCGACGCCCAGUUCAACGAAGCCAUGGGCUAUCCCAUGAUGCAGCAGUGGCGGGUUCGCAGCAACCUCUACAGAGUCAAGCUCAGCUCGAUCACCUUGUCUGCAGGCUUCUCCAAGGUGCUGAAGACCCUGUCGGCAGAGAGCUCGCGGGAGGAGCUGCUGGCCUUCCUGCAGCAGUACGGCAGCCACUACGUCUCCGAGGCGCUGUACGGCUCCGAGCUCAGCUGCAACAUCUACUUCCCCAGCAAGAAGGCCCAGCAGCAGCUCUGGCUGCAGUACCAGAAAGAAGCCACAGACCAGGGGGUGAGUGUGGGCGGCGGCGCUGGCGCCAUUGGAACAGGAGGCGGGCGGAGGGAGUUCAAGGCGGUGCCCUUCAUCGGCUACCUGUCGGCCCUGCUGAAGACCCAGCUGCUGUCCGAGGACCUGGUGAACGGCGUGGAGAUCCGCUGCGGCGAGAAGGGCAGCUGUCCGACCGCCUGCCACCUCUGCCACGCCCAGACCGUGAUCGGCCUGGGUGGGGGGCCGGGAGGAGGAGCGGGAGGAAGAGGCGGUGGCGCCGGUGACGGAGGAGGAAAGGCCAGGGGGGGGCCUGGAGAGCGGCCAUCGCCCAUUCCCGUGCUCCUGGAGGUCAGCCGUGUGGUGCCGCUCUACAGCCUGGUACAGGACAACAUCACCAAGGAGGCCUUCAAGAGAGCCACAAUGAGCUCGUACUGGUGCGCCGGGAAAGGUGACGUCAUCGACAACUGGUGCCGCUGCGACCUCGGCGCCUUCAGCAAGACCGGUCUGCCCAACUGCAGCCCCCUCCGGAAGCCUGUGCUCCGCCUCUCUCCUCACCUGGAGCCCUCCAGCUCCAUGGUGGCCUUAGAGUGGGUGGACGUGGAGCCCCUGAUUGGCUGCAAGGUUUCCGAUUACGUCAUCCAGCACAAGAGAGUAGAGGACCCGUCCGAAGCCGAGGUCUACACAGGGGAGACUCUGAGCCUGGUGGAUGACAUCUUCUCCGGCCUGGGCUCCUCCUGUGUGGUGGCGGGCAAGAGGAACCGUGACCACGCCCACUCUGCCAUGUACUCUGUGGUCUUCAAGUGCCUGGAACCUGACAGCCUCUACAAGUUCACCCUGUAUGCUGUGGACAGCCGAGGAGGUCACUCUGAGUACAGCUACGUGUCUGUGAGGACGUCUUGUCCCAUGGUGGACGAUAGCAGGGCCGAAGAGAUAGCCGACAAGGUGUACAACCUGUACAACGGCUACACCAGCGGCAAGGAGCAGCAGACGGCGUACAACACGCUGAUGGAGCUCCCCCCGCCGCUGCUGUACCGCGUGCAGCACCACUACAACGCCCACUACGAGAAGUUCGGCGACUUUGUGUGGCGCAGCGAGGACGAACUCGGCCCCAGGAAGGCCCACCUGAUCCUGCGGCGGGUGGACAAGAUGAGCCACUACUGCCGGGCGCUGCUGCACAGCGCCUUCAUCCAGAGCCGCACUGACACCAUGGCCUACGUGUCGUGCCAGAGCGAGGACCUCUCGCGGGCGCUCCACAGCGCGGGCGGCGGAGGCGCCCUGCACGGCUCCCUCCACGACACGCGCACCGCCUGCAUCGAGAAGCUCAUCUCGGUGCAGCGCAACACAUACGGCAGCACCAACCUGCGGUGAGGAAACUGAUCGCUGGAGAGACUGUGGACAGAGACAGA